AGGGACAUCAUCAGAAGUAUUUGCCAUUGCCCCGUUCCCCAGCAAUUGCAAUAUCAUUUUAUUAUAAUUUCGAAGUUAAUUUUUCCAACAUGAAGACUUUGCGCUUAUGACAAUGAUCAUGCAGCUGUUGAUGCAAAAAGCCUCUACCCCUUCAGCACCCGUCGUGCUAGACGCGGUCAGGUAGUUAUACACUUCUUGCGCUUUGUAACCGGUCCGGGCUUCUUCACCGCCGAGGCCAAGCUCAGAAUUUCAGAAGUGUCAGUUUCUUUCAGUAUUUGAUAUUCUGCUCACAUUUAUUCUGGUGUGUUUUUCGGUUCCAUAAUUGAUAUCAUGGGAAAUUCAAAUUGUCGAGAAUUGUGUGCGGGUGGGCGGGCCGAGAACAAGGAGGCCGCGCGGGCAAGUGCUUCGAAUGAGCGCGCCUCGAGUCGCAAGACGCUGGAAAGAGAACCGCUGGUUGGUGCCCCGACCCUCGGCCACCAGACCCAGACGGCGCGAGCAAGCUACGGGUUCCUCGAGCCACACACAUCCAUGUUCGCUGAUUACAGCACCUCCUUUCGUCCGGGGUCACAAGGCGUGGAAAGCGCUGUUCCUGUGAUGCAAAUGCUCCCCUUCCAAAAAGUGAUGUCACCGGCCAAGAUGCCGAAAGAGCGCCGCAGCAGCGUAAACAGCCGCGGCUCCGCAGAUAGCGUUGACGAGGACCUGGAACAGGGGAGGAAAAAACAAAAAAAGGGCGGAGGCGUCCAGGAGCCGAUUAAUAAUGUCGCUUCUCGCGGCUCCGCCGCACAGCAGGAAUAUCUCUACGGCAGUCUAGCGGCGGGGAAAAAUUACUCCCGCGGCGCCGCGGUGAUGGACGCAGCGGCUCCUGGCUCAACAUCGUCAGGAACAACAGGGGGCAACAAUUUUUGGUCCUUUUCCCAAAUGCAUGACCGCGGUUCCGACUAUGGGAUGAACAACAGCCUGAUUAUGAACGCCAAUAUGAACAUGACGAUCCUCGACCGGGGGCAGAGAACAGCAGGAGGUGCCACGACGACCUCGGCGUCCACCGGGAGUGUGGCUGUGGCUCUACAACCUCUAUUGCCUACUAGCAACAAUUAUUCCCGCGAUCGAGAUUCUGCGGCCGAGAGAGCGAAGAAGUACGACGAGAUCCGGGAAUCUAUGUAUGGCUACGAGGAGGUUCCCGACGAAGAGGACGAUGAGGAGGAGUUCCAGGACGGCUUGGGAAACCAGAUCACGGACCCAACUGUGAUGACAAGCAUCCGCUCCUUCCGGCAGAUACACGAGUCCGCCGCGAUGGCCGCGACGCCGGCGGACCGCGGGAAGCUGCAGAAAAAGUACGAGUACCCGGCGGACGCCAAGAUUAUCUCGGUCGCGCCGGCCGUGGACUACAACCCGCAGCAGCAGGGGGCGGCAAACCAGAACAGCGAAAACUUUGUGUCCAUGGUGCCCCACCACCAGGGCGAAUAUAUUGUGCGGCACCGGAAACCUACGUAUGACCCGCGGAUCCCGAUCCCGGGGCUGAGUCCCGAGAUGUUCCGCAACGUGGUGCCCGGAGUGGAGCACGACAAGAUCCGGUCAGAGGGGAACUCGAACUUGAAACCCUGGAUCAAAAAGGCACUGAAGGUGUCGCAAAACCCGAUGUUUAACGCCGACAACCUGCCCCAGAUGCUGUUUCUGGACGCACUCGAGUCCCGGUAUCAAAAGCGCGUGACCGGCCGCUACACGUUGUGCGGAAAGCUGUACAACGGAAUGCCGUUCUGGUACAGCCGGAUGUCCCGUCUGUACAUCUACAAUUCCAACUCGCUGACCGCCGACAAGGGCGCCCUGCCCGACUGGGUUGUGGGGCGGUCCGUGGGGUCACUGUGCUUUAUCAUGUUCAUCGAGGGUGACCUGCUCAACGUCAAGCUCCAUGCUGGCACCACGGCCGGGGCUACAAGCAAGCAAGUGGUAGUUCCGGCCGGCCGCGUCACGAUCGGGCCCGUAUCCACGCUGCGGUUUUUCAGUUACGACAAAUUCAGCGACAGCACGCACGUGCGCGGCGCGAUCCGGGAAUCAGCGGUCAUCGGGGACAGCAAUUACCAGCGAAGAAGCGAUCUGAAGGUGUUCAUGAACACGAUGCGGACCGGGGCCUACGAACGCCGUUCCACCGUGCGCGAACACCAUUCCGGGCUGGUGCGGGAGGCCUUCGUGCCGGAUUCCAAAGUGAAGUGCGUCGUCUGUGCCACGCAGAAGGAACUGGACCAGAUCAAACAAGCCUCCGCGAAGGGCGAAAAGAAGGCGGAGCAGCAACUUCUCCUGCAGUAAGUUUUGGUCAUCAUGAUCAUCAUGCGUAUUCUCAAGGACAACGCUUUCUCUUUGAUUGCAUUUUUUGCGCAGCCAUUCUUUCUUCUAUAGACAUAAAUGAUGAUCCGAUGUCUUGUUUCGUCGUGGUCGACGUCGUCAGUCUAUUGUUCCCGAUUUUCGUCUGUAGAACCGCCGCGCGCUGUCAUAGUACUAACUCUUCCAUCUUUCUGACGUUUUCGCUUGAAGAUGUUCUUUUCUUUCUCGGGAAAAUUCGACUCUUGAGUGAAAAAAUCCUCUCCAACAGGUACGACAUUCUGAAGAAAGAGUAUUAUCUGUCGAAGCACAGCGCGCUGUUGAUGUUUAAAAAGCUAGGGCAGCCCACCUCCGUCGUCGGGCUCUACCUCCCCCUGAUACCGGAGUACGCGGACAUUUUGCCCGCGGAGGCGAAGCAGAUCUUCGCCCGCGAGAAGCAGCAGGAGCAAAACCGAAAGCAGGCCGCGCAGACGAAGAGCCGCGAGGCGCUGCAGCUCGCGGAACAGGAGGACUACUUGAUGUUUCCGAAAUACUACUGCUGCGAAACCGGGCUGUUCAUGUUUUUCAACCCGAAGAAGGGGCAGUGGAAAGUGAUCGGCACGCCGAUCAUGCACCAACCGCACGCGGUGAAGGCCUGCACGGACGCGGGCGUGGAGGUGAUGUUCCCCCCGCUGGCCAACUGGCAGCAGCACUUCGAGCCGAUGAUCCAGUUCCCGAGCUUGGAUGGCAGUUUGAUCGACCAACAGCUGCUGAAGCAGGGGAUCCAGCCCUUCGUGGACCGCGAGUUUCCGCCGUCCCGCCGCGCGCUGGCCGAGAAGGGGCCGAACGUCGUGCAGGGCGAGGUGGAGUGGUUCAGGGCCCGGGACAUCCACGACACUGACUUCCCGGUGAAGCUGUUCGACAAAAUCGAGCCGUCGGACUGCAUCCAAGGCGGGCUGGGCGACUGCUGGUUACUGGCGGCCCUUGCGGUGAUCGCCGAGUACCCGGAUUUCAUCCCGAUCCACACGUUUCAGGAGAAGGAGUGCAACAUGCAGGGCAAGUACAGCAUCAACCUGUUCGACUACUCCCGCAACCCCCCGUCGUGGCGCGUGAUGACCAUCGACGACUACAUUCCCUGCUACCCGAAGUCCCCCUUCGCGGAAACGCCCAUCCCGCGGUUCAGCCAGCCCAACGGGAACGAAACCUGGUUUCUGCUCCUGGAAAAGGCGUUCGCGAAGUUCGCCGGCGGGUACCUCAACCUGAAAGCCGGCUACGCGGGGCUGGCGUGGAUCGCGCUCACGGGCUGCACCGAAUACAGCCGGUGGAUCCGCGAAAAGGACCCCGCCAACCCCCCGCCGGCCGGCGGCCCGAAGAACGUGGACAAGGCGACCGCGGAAAGCGUCCGGAGCAUCAAGUUCCGGCGGCGCCCGAUCGAGUCGUUCCACCCGAGCGGACACCGUCUGGGGUUUGAGUACGCGGACUACAGCAACACGGACACCAUCAACGGGGGGGACAAGAUGAUCGAGUACCUGCGUCUCGCGGAGCGGAACCACUACCCGAUCUGCGCCGUGGGCGUGCACGGCACGGGGAUGGAGCACAAGCGCGAGGACGGGCUGAUCGACGGCCACGCGUACUCCGUCCUGCAAGUGCUGGACGUGAACUGCCUCGACGGCAAGAUGCGCACGCUGGUGAAACUCCGGAACCCGUGGGGCGACUUCCACGAGUGGGAGGGGCCCUUCGGGGACGAGCACGAGGCCUCCUGGAAACUGGUGAAGGACAACGGAAAGGGCAUCCGCAACAAGCAGCUCGACGGAAUUUUCUGGAUGGAAGCGCCCGCCUUUCUCGCGUACUUCACGCACAUCGAGUGUGUGCACUACAAUCUGAAGGAACGAAAGGCGGACAAGAUCCAAACCCGGGGCUUGGCCACGGAGCAGCAGAAGCGGAGGGAUGCGGCCAUGAAACAGAGGCAAGCCGACCAGCGAACCAUCUCCAUGAAGUACUACAAAAACAAACAGCCGGCAGCUGCGGGAACUUCUUCGCCGUCCAGGCCGCCGAGUAAACGGAAGUAG